AUGUCCCUCGCCCUCGACCUCGCCUCCGACUCCCUCAACUCCCAGUCUCCGACGUCGAUCACCGUCUUCGCUCCGGCCGAAGCCGCCUUCUCCACCUCCGGCCAGCCCAAUCUGGACCUCAUCCGCCUCCACCUCCUCCCCGUCGCCUUCCCUCUCCGAUCACUCAAGUCCCUCCCUUUCGGCGCCAAGAUCGCGACUCUCCUCGACGGCCACUCCCUCACCGUCACCACUCUCCCCGCCGACGGCCUCGUAUCGCUCAACAACGUCACCGUCACGGCGACUCCAGUCUUCGACGACGGCUCGUUGAUCAUCUUCGGAAUCGACAGGUUCUUCUCCCGGUAUUUCCGGAUCUCAGGUACGAUUCCCAAGAUUCUCGGCGGCUGCUUGGCGCCGCGAAACCCUAACGAAGCGACGGCGGCGUUUGGUGAAGCAAGCGAGGUGCUGAGGUCGAACGGCUGCUCUGUUAUGGCUUCGUUUCUUGAAAUGCAAUUCCAUGGCUUUCGCAAGUACCAGACCAUGUUGACCGUCUUCGCUCCCGUUGACCGGGUCAUGGCACACCGGAUCGGAGAUCUGAGCCGGUACUCGUCGGUCUUGCGGCGCCACGUCGUCCCCUGCCGGCUUUCUUGGAGCGACUUGAAGAGUCUUGAGGAUGGGAGUCUGCUGCGGACUGAUUUGCAAGGGUUCGUGAUCAACGUGAGUCGAUACGACGGCGUUGUGGAGCUCAAUGGGGUCUCGGUGAUCAUGCCGGAGAUGUAUCACAACGGCUGGCUUGUGGUUCACGGAAUCAGUGAGGUUCUUGGUGAACUUCCACAGAGCCCAACUGACAGUCGAACGGAGCCAAAUCCAGUGGUGCCUUCUCCACCUCAUGAGUCUCAGGGCAGCUCCGGUGAGGAGUUCGUUUAUAAGGCAAAAGUUGUGCUACUCGCGUUGUACGCGUACGCUGACAGAGUCGUUAGUGAGGGAUAUUUUUGUAAUUCUCAGUAUCACUGUAACUAUGACUACAAUCGAUCACUAGCUUACCGGAAGGCGGGAACCAUCUCCACCGUCAUCGGUGCAGUCCGAGACCUUAAGCUUGAAGCCGACACGAGAGGAACAAGUGUGCUGUAG